CCUGAUGUCCGUCCGGUGGGUCAUACGACUCAUCUCAUCUAUUCAAAAACUCAACCAUGGUUAAACUUAAACACAUCUAGUUCCAAAUCAUCAGGCCAGUGCCUCUAUCUUCUCCGUUCAGAUCUUCCGAUCACAGCUACCUCCGAACAAUUUUCCGAAAUUUUGAAUUGUUGCCGUGACCUGUUUUGAUUUCGAUUUGUGUGUCUAGUUGUUUGAGCUAUGGGGCUCUUUGAUGGAUUACCUGUUCCGAAAGAUAAAGAGUAUUUAAGAGAGGAUCUUGAGAACGUAGACGAGAGUUGGACUGUAGCACGGUUCGAUUCAUUACCUCACGUUGUCCAUAUCUUAACUUCGAAAGACCGCGAUGGUGAAAUCCAAGCAUUGAAAGACCAGAGCGAUAUUGUCGAGGAAGUCGUGGAUGAAGUUGUUCAAACUUAUCAUAGUGGAUUCAACAGAGCAAUUCAGAAUUAUUCACAGAUAUUGCGAUUGUUUAGUGAGUCUACUCAAAGUGUAGGAAAACUUAAAGUUGAUUUGGGUAAUGCGAAAAAAGUGAUUAGCGCUCGUAACAAGCAGUUGCAUCAGCUUUGGUAUCGGUCCAUGACAUUGAGGCACAUAAUCUCGUUGUUAGAUCAAAUUGAGAACAUAGCUCAGGUUCCAACUCGUAUAAACAAGCUUAUUGAUGAAAAUCAGCUAUAUGCAGCAGUUCAAGUACAUGUUCAAUCAGCUAGAAUGCUUGAAAGAGAGGGACUUCAGUCGGUUGGCGCCCUUCAAGAUGUCCGAUCUGAGCUGGCAAAACUGCGAGGAGUUCUCUUUUACAAAGUGUUGGAAGCUUUGCAUGCCCAUCUUUAUAAUACUGGUGAAUAUAGCUCAGCUACCCCUAGCAUGAAUGAAAAGGAUGAUGCUAUUCCAACCACAACCGUUGCUGCAUUUUCAAUGAACAAUUCCCAGUCUCUCUCACGGAGAACCAGAUUGCAAAAAGGCGACAGUCAUGUCGGUGCAUCUGGAUUCGCAAGUUCUGUUGAUGGAGGUUCCUCAUAUGAUGGCCAUGACGAUGAUGACAUUGACGGUGCUGACAAUGCUAAGAAUGUUCCUCGUCUUCCAGCAUGGCUUUCGGAAUCCACCCCUGAUGAAUUUGUUGAAACAAUGAGAAAAAGUGAAUCUCCGCUUCAUGUGAAGUAUUUGCAAACGAUGGUUGAGUGCCUUUGCAUGCUUGACAAAGUUGCAGCUGCUGGUGCUAUAAUCUGCCAAAGAUUGAGACCAACGAUUCAUGAAAUCAUUACAUCGAAGAUUAAAUCUCAGGCCGAAUACGUAAAUUCUUCUAGGCCUGGUGUGGGCCAUGCUGCUCGAACUGCUACAAUAGGUCUUGAGUAUGUAAAAGGACACUUACAUAAAGAACAACAUAAAAACGGGACAUCGUUAGUUGGAUCGCUAAUGGCAGUCAGCCCUGUGACACCUGUCAUGGCUCCUAUGGGUGCAGCACAAUGUGCAGCAAAGGAACUUCUUGAUCUGAUUCUAGAUACCGUCGUUCGAAUAUUUGAUAACCACAUUGUUGUUGGGGAGCUGCUUGAAUCAAAAUCUUCUCAACAAGCACCAAAGGCUACGGUGCGUGAGAUAUCUGGGAACCUUGAUUCUGAAGCAUCUCAGGCGACAGGUGGCUACACUAUCGGCUUUUCCAUGACGGUUUUACAGAGUGAAUGCCAACAACUCAUCUGUGAGAUUCUGAGAGCAACCCCUGAAGCUGCGUCUGCUGAUGCAGCUGUUCAAACAGCUAGACUUGCAAGCAAGACUCCUUCAAAAGAAAAGAGGGAUAAGUCAGAAGAUGGCCUUACAUUUGCCUUCCGCUUUACUGAUGCUGCAGUUUCCAGCCAGGGUGCGGAUUUGAUGCGCCAAGGACGAAAUAGGAAAGGUCAAAAUGUCCAAGAAGGUUACGGUUCAGCUUCCAUCCUACCAGAGCAGGGAAUAUACCUAGCAGCAUCUGUAUACCGACCUGUUCUGCAGUUCACAGAUAAAAUCGCUACAAUGCUGCCUGAAAAAUAUUCUCAACUAGGAAAUGAUGGAUUGCUGGCUUUUCUUGAGAACUUUGUAAAAGAUCAUUUCCUGCCAACUAUGUUUGUUGAUUACCGGAAAGGCGUUCAACAAGCAAUAUCAAGUCCAGCUGCAUUUCGCCCACGAGCAAAUCCUACUGCUGCUUACACACCGUCAGUUUCUAAGGGACGGCCUAUCUUACAAGGACUUCUGACCAUAGAUUUUCUGGCCAAAGAGGUUCUUGGGUGGGCCCAAGCAAUGCCAAAGUUUUCUGGCGACCUUGUGAAGUACGUGCAAACAUUCCUCGAACGGACAUAUGAAAGGUGCCGCGCGUCGUACACUGAGGCAGUUCUUGAGAAGCAAAGUUAUAUGCUUAUUGGAAGACAUGAUGUUGAGAAUCUGAUGAGGCGUGAUCCCGCAAGUACUUUUUUGCCAACCUCACUUGCCCAUGCAAAUGCAGAUAACCAUAUCGCUGAUGCAGAAAAUGACGGUGUUGAGCUGCAAAUAAGUGAAUUACUGAUGAAACUUAGGCCGAUAAAACAGGAGUCUUUAAUUCGUGAUAAUAACAAGCUCGUAUUGUUGGCAUCGCUUAGUGAUUCAUUGGAGUACAUUGCUGACUCUAUAGAAAGGUUCGGGAAUGUUGCUGGAAAAGCAUCUGAAACAGAAAUUGAUUUGAAGCCUACACCUGUCCACCAUAAACGAAAUAGCAGUUUACCUCCUAAGGAUCUAGCAGCAUUUGCUGAGGAUUAUAGAAAGCUGGCAAUCGAUUGCCUAAAGGUUUUACGCGUAGAAAUGCAAUUGGAAACAGUUUUCAAUUUGCAGGUAAUGGCAACACGGGAAUACUUGGAGGACCAAGAUGCUGAGGAACCUGAUGAUUAUAUCAUAUCAUUAAUCACCCAGAUAACUCGUAGAGACGAAGUGAUUGCUCCUUUCAUUGCUCCAACCAAACGGAACUAUAUAUUUGGCGGAAUAUGUGCUGUUGCCUCACAUGCAUCCAUCAAGGCUUUGGCAGAGAUGAAACACAUCAACCUUUUUGGUGUUCAGCAGAUUAGUAGGAACACAAUUGCGUUAGAACAGGCACUGUCCGCGAUACCCUCGAUCGAUAGUGAAUCUGUGCAAACGAGAUUCGAUCAUGUUCGAACUUACUACGAGCUGCUAAACAUGCCAGUUGAGGCCUUGCUUGCCUUUAUCACCGAGCAUGACCGUUUAUUCAAUCCCAUAGAGUAUUACAACCUUCUAAAGGUCCAAGUUCCUGGACGCGAAGUUCCAGACGAUGCGAAAGCUAGAAUGGCAGAUAUAUUACCAAUUUAAGUGCUGCGAUGGCGUAUUUGUUUGUUUAGAUGUUCAGAGGUUGUUGUCGUUUGUCUGUUUUGUUUUUUAUAUAUUUUUUCUGAAGGUAUCAAUUUUGUAUUCUUUUGUGUACUUUUGGUAUAAGGCCUCUUUUGGUCCGGCUGUCAAGAAAUCAUCGUAAGUAGCAUGUAUUUUCGUGUAAAUUGAUCGACACAAGUUUUAUAAUGUCCGCUAUUAUCGGGAUGAAUUUUUAUUUAAAAGGUAUUGAAUUCUCAA